AUGGAAUCAAGGGAGGGGAAGGGAAAACCAGCGAUACCUAGGUUUGCGAGCUUCAAACCGAAGCCGCAGCGCCCUUCAGAACAGCCAGAGGCAAAGAGAGAGGACACCGAGCACGAAGGUCGCGACAGCACUCGCCAUUCACACAGGUCCGACCACAAGGAGGAACACAGUAUCUCAACUAAAAGCAGCGAUCGUAAAACUCGCGCACCUCUAGCAGCAUCCAGAGAAGAUCGACGCGACCGCGAAUCUUCCCGUUACAAUGAGCAUAAAGAGCCUGAGCAGCAUAGAGCAGACAUUUUUAAGAUUGACAAGCGAGGAGACAAAUACAACGUGGAAUAUGGUUCUCCCCAUCUCUAUGAUAUACCUUCUUACCACAGGACUGGUGCAGGAAGGGUACUAGGUCUCCCAACAGACUAUACCAUAGAUCGCGAAUUGAGCUUCGGAACCAAAAUCGUGAUUCGCCCACGUGGUAGCAAUCGCGGAACUGACAAUGGCAGGCAAAGAUACAAUUCCUCUUUGUGGAAGAGAGCUAGUAGGUUCAAAGAAUUCCGGCGAGUUCGACCGGUGUCCCAAGCCCCGGGCGAUUUGGAGUCAGAGUCGAGUUUUAUUUCUUUGUCCGCGAGCGGGGGUAGCAAGCGAAGAAGAGUUGACAACAAAGCUUCUUCUGAAGAUUCCGGCCCUGAUUAUCGAUCAAUCGAGGGGAAGGCUAAGCCUACCGAUAGCCUUGCUUUGGAUUUAGACAUGACCUCGGAUUCAGAUAUAGAGUCGGAAGAGGUGGCGGCUCGACGCCGUAAUGCGUCUCUUUCAGCACAUGUGUCCGUGCAUCCGGAUGAUAUCAACGGUUGGCUGGACCUCAUCAGUCAUCAGGGCUCCAUGGUUGGUACCGCAGAUUCAGAGGGCCAUCGAACCUACACGAUGGCCGAGAAAAAGAGUAUUGCAGACAUUAAAAUUUCCAUGUAUGAGAGAGCUUUGAACAAAAUACCACUCAAUGCUCCUCGCGACCGUCUUCUGCUUGGGAUGAUGGAGGAAGGUGCCACAAUAUGGGAUACGAAAAUAUUAUUGUCUAAGUGGAAGAGUGUCCUUCAGUUAAACCCAGGGUACAUCACUUUAUGGGUUAAGUACCUAGACUUUCAGCAGACUCGAUUUGUUAAUUUUACAUAUGAAAAUUGCCGCUCAAUUUUCCUAGAGUGCCUGAGAAUCAAUCAAACGCAUUGUGACAACCUUAACCGAGGCGUUGUCCAUCUUUAUAUCAUCCUUCGGCUGAGUUUGUUUAUGCGAGAAGCAGGAUAUUUUGAGCACGCCGUUGCUUUAUGGCAGGCAACUUUGGAGUUUAAUUUCUGUGGCCGUGCUGUUGAUAUUAAAAACAAUCUUCCCAACGCGUUCCGGUCGUUUUCUGAAUUUUGGGAUAGUGAAAUGCCCCGGUUAGGGGAGGUUGGUGCUAAGGGCUGGAAUAGCAAUGAGAAUGAGCCACCAGCCUCCAAGUCGGACCCCCCUAUUGCCAAUAUCGAUAUGAAAGCGAUUUUUGACUCAUGGGGUAAACUAGAACGCCGCCAGAUGCGUCAUUCUCGUCUACCCGCGAGAACAUUGGAUGAGGUUCAGGAAGACGACCCUUACAGAGUGAUACUAUCUUCUGAUAUCCAAGACUUCCUUACUUUCUUUUCCGAGCCGGGUCUGCUGGACUUACUUCUCGAUGCAUUUCUACUCUUUUGCCAUCUUCCACCACACUCUUCCCGGGAAAAUGCUCAUAUCCUUAAGGAAUGGCGUGAAGACCCAUUUAUUCGCAACCUGAUUCUAGAACAAGAAGCAGUUUCCUCACAAUGGUUUAGAGAUCCGUCCCAUGAAAUGGAUGAGCCUGACUUACCUACGCCUGUCUCACUUCCUUAUUCUAACUUCGCAGUCACCCACGACACCAUUUUCAGCGACGGUUCGUCAUGGUUUUCGGCAUUCAAGUCCUGGAGGUCUACGUAUGUUGAUGAUACCAGCUCUCUCGAUGCUCCAUGGGUUCGGCGGACCUUAAGACAACUGGUGGAAUGUGUCCCUGAGAAUGAUACACUUGCGGAAUAUUCGGUCGGUCUUGAAUAUAUUUGCAAUCCCAGCGACGCAGCAAAAUAUGCCAAAAGCCUUCUACGAAAGCGUCCCUCGAGUAUUACCCUGUAUAACGCGUACGCGUUGAUUGAGCGCCGCCGUGGUCAAGAAAUUGCAGCCGAGAAGGUCUGGAUGACGACCUUGUCAAUGAGCAAAUCCUUUCCAGAGGAAGUUAGAAAGGACUCUAUAAUGCUAUGGCAAUCUUGGCUUUGGGAGGCGCUAAGGAGUAACGAUGCCUGGAAAGCAAUCCGGUUACUUAUCGCACUUCCGGAGAAUGCUAUCAAUGUCGAUGAGCUAUCAAGAGACUCACAGGCGGCAACCGGGUUUAGCCCUGCAGAAUUUCUGAAAACUCAAAGAGUCCUGGUUGAAGCGCAGAAUUAUGGACUAUCGUUUCGGAAUUCGACCGUAUUCAUCAGCAAUACGGAAUGUCUUGCUCUCUUGCACUACCUCACGCGGACUUUUGAGAUCGAAAGUGCUUUAAGCAUAUACCGAGCUGCUGAAGAGCGCUUGAAGGACAGCCACUUAGAACAGACUCCCCUAGCUGAGCUUCUCCAUCAGUCCAAAGCUAAACUUCUCUGGUAUCAUAUUUCCAACACCAUGAAAUAUAAGCCAGCCCUAGUCCGUGAAGAGCUGUCUAAUAGCCUCUCUCUUUUCCCAAACAACUCUAUAUUCCUUAGCAUCUUCGCUUAUAAUGAAUCUCGUUUCCGAAUUGAUGACCGGGUUCGCCUCAUUCUUCGGCAGCAUAUCUCCUCUUCCUCGCGCCGUAGUCUAGACGGAAAUAUGGGAACUCCGGGACACUCUCCCCUUACACCCCAUUUCUUUUCCAUCUAUAGUGAACUCCAUCGAGGUGUUUCUGCUGGAUCGACAGCUCAUUCGGUCCGUGCAGCUUUUGAGACAGCAGUUAGCUCGCCCCCUGGCCAAUAUAGUGCCGCGAUAUGGAAGCUCUAUAUUCUCUUCGAGCUAGGUUGGGGUCGAAAAGAACGCGCCCGUGACGUCUUCUACCGGUCUAUUCGUUCCUGUCCAUGGGUAAAGGAAUUGGUUCUUCUAGCAUUUACAGAGCCCGGUCUAAAGGAGAUGAUGGGUGCCGACGAAUUGAGAAAGAUCUGGAAUGUGCCUGUCGAGAAGGGCUUGCGAAUUCACGUUGAUUUGGAGGACGUGCUUGAGGAAAUGGACGAUGAAAAGAGCAUCAGCGGACAGUCUGCAAUUAACCCGUCUGGUGAUCAGAGUAGCGAUGGUGAAAUGUAG